GGCGAAGUUUAAGAAUAGCGUCCCAAAACCUUCAACGCUCAAAUGUCCUUGAACGCAUGCUAGUCGUUGGCUAACGGUUCCUGUCAUUAUCAUAGCUGAAAUACCAACCCUAUUCAUCAAAUAAGGAGCAAGUUUCACCCAGAUAACACUUUUAUUACUGUUUGGACAAUGUGUUAACAUCUCGUUAGGGUUAGGAUGGGGGUUAAGGCGAGUAUUGUGGUUAGAGUUAGGGUUACGGUCAUUGUGUGCGUCGGUGGCACAAUGGUUAGGGUUAGGGUUUAGGGUUAGGGUAGCGAUUAGGAAUAGAUUUUUCGUUUAUUUCAAGUUCUUUUGUUAUCCUUAUUUCCCUUGUAUGUAGUCGCCAAUGCUCUUACUGGAACCGUAGUAACUAAACCGAGGGCUGAGGAGAGGACUACACAGCAAGAGAAGAGAGAUGAACCAUUCCCAAAACAGCACACCUUCAGUCUCUUUGGUGAAUACAUCAACAGAAACUAGUGCAAAUUAGCAACUGAUACUCUUCAUCGCAACUGGAACGUAUUUUUAAGUCAUAUCAGAGAAAUAUAAUCCGUUUAAUGUUUUUUUCAUGCAUUUUUGUGUAAAUAUACGUUAAAUUUUAUGCAAAAUUCCUCCUAUUUUCUGAUUGGUCGGCUCAAGGUCAUUGUGCGUUCGCAUCUCUUGGGACUCCAUUCUUAAACUUUGCCUAAAAUAAGUCUGAAGUCUUAAUCUGAAGUCUGAAUAUUGUUAGAAACCUCUGCAUUGAAUUCUGAGGUUACGUGGGAAUUUCGGUUAUUCAAGGUCCCCUUACCAAAUGACCUUCCAUGGCGUUCCUUGAAUCUGAUUAGCCCUUACUAUUUAUCUGGAUGAAUUUGAUGUCUAAAGCCUUAUUACUUCACACUUUCUGGUACCAGUAACAUUACACUGCAUACCUGAAUAUUGCAUUACUAUGGAACGUCUAACAUUGUUUCACUUACGCCAAGCGGAUAGGAGUUAUGAACCGGAGACGAAGACCAUCAUUGAUCAGAUGGAUACAGAAACUCUUGUUCGGAAGGCAUACUAUGAGAAACUUUGUCAGUGGAAAGACGACGCACUUCGAUUAUUCAAACUGAAUCAUGUUAACUACCUCUACAAGAGACUUUACAAUCUACCCUCUACUUUCGAGCAUUUGGAUGCAAGUCAGUCAUGGCUGGCGUAUUGGAUGGUACAUGGUUUAGGCCUUUUAAACGUCGAGAUUCCGGAAGAAAUGUCUCUGAAACUGAUAUCGUUAAUAGCAGAUAUGCAGGACCCGGAUGGUGGCUUCGGCGGCGGACGUUAUCAGUUUUCACACCUUGCAACAUCAUAUGGUGCAGUUAACUGUUUAGUAUCACUUCGUCGUCGAGACGCUCUAGAUAUUAUCAAUCGAGAUGCUUUGGCUAACUGGAUGCGGAAACUGCGCCAGCCAAAUGGUUCUUUCGUGAUGCAUGUAGGCGGAGAGAUUGAUGUUCGAGGUGCAUAUUGUGCUAUAGCAGUGGCUAGGCUAACAGGACUUCUCAGAAAAUGCCCUGAUUUAUUUGAAUCAACUGCGGAAUGGGUGGCUAGUUGUCAGACCUAUGAAGGUGGUUUCGGUGGUCAACCGGGAUUGGAAGCCCACGGUGGUUACACUUUCUGUGCUGUAGCGGCAUUGUGUUUCUUGGGUAGAUCCGAUCUAAUCAAUUUGCCUAGACUAUUGCAUUGGGCGAGUCACCGUCAGAUGGCAACUGAAGGUGGUUUCCAGGGUAGGACAAACAAACUGGUGGACAGUUGCUAUUCAUUUUGGCAAGGUGCUGUUUUCCCAAUAGUUGAAGAAUUAUUAUGGUUGUCUGGUGAUCCUGCCCUUAACGAUACGGACACCUUAUAUAAUCCAUCUGCUUUGCAAGAAUAUAUACUACUAUGUUGUCAGAAAGUAUCUUAUACACGUCCAGGCUUGAGUGUGCAUAAUAAAGACGACUCUUCAAGUGAAGCAUCAUCUGUGAAUAGAAGCUCAAGUCCGGAACAGAACAUGCCUAUUUUUGACGGUGGUGGACUAAUUGACAAGCCUGGGAAAAAUCCUGAUCCUUAUCACACAUGUUAUGCAUUAUGUGGACUAAGUCUGGCACAACAUUCUCCUCGAUACCAUGGACCGCCACCACCAUCGCAGUCAACAACAACAACAGACAAAAUCAAAUUUGACAAUCUUUCGUAUCCAUCCUCAGUUGUUGAUCUAUUGGGUGCAGAGUUUGGCAAUGAACUGGCUGACUUAGAUCCUUGUCAUAAUAUUAUACAUGAUAGACUGGCAUUUGCUUUAACCUAUUUUAGUGAGCUGGACAAUGGUCAGUCGCCAGAAUGUGCGGAACAGUCGGCUUUAAAAGCUGCUGAAGACUUCUCUACACCUGUAGCCUCAGUAAUUCGUAAGGAUAAUAUUCAUAUAGAGGUGGUUGGCCCGAAGACACAAGAUACUACUGAACAGUCGUCUAGUUGUGUCGGUCGAUACGCCGAAUCUGAUCAGUAUACAUGUACAGUACCAUAAUAAAAUAACAGAAAAUGUUUGUUAGUUUUUCUCAAUUUUUGUCUAACAAAAGGUUAUUUUUAUUCACUGUAAAAAAGAGGAAAAAAAUAUACAGAUUUGAGAAGGUUCUAUAAUUUUUUUACAGUUAUUAAUAAUAAGGACUAAGUUUUC